CAGAUUUAGCAGUAGUACAGUAUGUGUAUGUAGGGGGUAGCGGGGCAGGUGCAGCUGGGCGGUCGGUCGGCUCUGCUGCUCCCACAUGAUAAAGUGAGCUGGACCGGCGGAACAGGACGGAACAGGACUCUGAUGAGUGUAAACGCUGAGCUGCGGAACUUCAGACAGUUCUAGCGUUGGGAAUGCAGCCGCCUCUACCACCAGCCAGCGUCAGAGAGCUGGUCCGCUCCUGUCUCCAUCUUGACCCUGUGGCUGCAGAUUUGCGCUGCAGCCUUUUCGUGGCUGCUGUGCAGAGCUACAAACAUGACUCUGUUCUGAGACCAUUCCCAAAUCGAUAUCUGAGAGGAGACAUUAAGGAUUUUGAUGAGCUGCAAAAAGAUGUGAGCUCCCUGCCAAGUGUAAGGGACCUGGUCCACCUAGGAUCUGGAGAGGGAGACCAUCAUCUGGCUCUAGUGCAUUGGGCACUGUCCUCCAAAAGUUUUUCUGUGAAAACCAUCCAAAAAGAUGAGUGGGCUAGACUUAGCCAGCUGACACAAAACACAGAGAUCUCCUCUCCUGUGCCAGACUUUCUUUUUGAGUUAGAGUACUGUGAACAGAUGAACUCCAAAUUUGAGAAGAUAAGGGCUGGACGGGAAGUUAUCUAUGCAUUCCACGGUAGCAGACUGGAGAACUUUCAUUCCAUUUUACACAAUGGUUUACACUGCCAUCUGAAUAAGACAUCACUCUUUGGGGAAGGCACAUAUCUCACCAGUGACCUUAGCAUGGCUCUUCUUUAUAGUCCUCAUGGAAAUGGAUGGCGUGAGAGUGUCCUUGGGCCGUUGUUAAGCUGCAUUGCCCUGUGUGAGAUCAUUGAUCACCCAGAUGUUAAGUGUCAGGUGAAAAAGAAAGACUCUGAGAGCCUCGACCGCCAGCGUUUGAGAGCAAGAAACAGCGAGGGAGGCGACGUGCCUGAGAAAUACUUUGUGGUCACCAAUAAUGAACUGCUGAGAGUGAAGUAUUUGCUGGUGUACUCACAGAAACGUUACAGAACCAGGCAAACUCAACGAACGUCAUGGCUGGUCAGACACCAUUUUGCCAUUAUGAUGGGUCUUUAUCUUCUGCUUCUCAUAUUCAUUGGUGCCUUCAACUCUACUAGUUUCCAGUCAUUUUGGCAUAGAAUGUUCCGGUGAUCCAAACUACUUGCAUCACAAUUGCCUCCUUUCCAAAGUGCCUUUUUCCUGUGGUUCAAACACCAACAAAAGACAGUUCUCAGGAAUCUCUGAACAUUUUAUUCCAUCCUCUGGUGUGUACUAGUUACACUGCAGGCACCAGUCAUUUCAUUAUUGAUAGACAGUAGCUUUUAAUACUGGGCAAUUUAUGCAUUUGUUUUUAAAUGAUGUAACAUCUAAUUCUUUCUGACAACUUUUAUCAAUGUAGGAAUGAAAGCCUAGCUGCUUAUGCUGUGGGCUUAGUAACACUGUGACAUGUAGCGCAUGAAAAGUCAGAUGUUUGUUUUUUCUAGUGUUUUCUACUUGUGUAGAACUGUGGGAUCAUUUAUUGUAACUGUACAACCAAACUAUGAGGGAUAAACUGUUGCCCUGUCUGCCUUUUUAGUGGCAAUAAUGUACUUGGUUUUGGUCUUAGACAUUGUCAAAACCAAUUGCUGCUUAUUCUAUUGAAUCUUAGGAUAAUGUAAAUGGGUCACCGCUAUCACUUUACUGUUUAUAGGGUGGACAAUCAUCUAGAACUUGUUUAUUUUGAAUGGAGCCCUUAUGUUGGAGCUGUAAGAAUCCAUAAUUUUCUUUAAAUAUCUCAUGAAAACAUUGUGCAAGUGUAGUGAUUUGCACUGUUUGUGUUCAGGAACUUUUAUGACUCUGGAGCAGACCUUUUUGGCCAGUUUAGUAAGUAACUAGCAAGUCCAGAUGUAUUGAUGCAAAUUAUGUUUUAUUAAUGUUAUGUUUUAUGGAGCCAUAGUACUUAAAUGCAAUGAAAUAACAGUUAAAUAUAUUGCUAAGUUUAAAUAUAUAAAAAAAAAUAACAUCCUAAAACUAGAAUGGUGGGACAAAUGUCAGGCAUGCUGAGUUCAGUUAAUGACAUGCUGUGAAGAAUAACAAAACUUUUUAACAAUGUUAUUUCGUAAAUAUAUCACGUACUUAAGUACAUAUAAAAUCAUUCUCAAUUACAUUUUCUUUUAUUUUAAUUUUAAAAGUAUGCAUUGUGUUCAUGAUUAUGGACCUGUUGUCAUUCUGUGAAUAGGCCUAUAAACUAGUUUACACUUGAAUCAGUUGAAUCAAUAAACACAUAUCCUUCACACA